CGCGGGCCAGUGCUGGACAAUCCGCGCACUCCGAUGGCCUGAGCCCGAGAAUGUCGACAAUGGGCAUCGCCGUCUACGGGCGCGCCGAGGAGCAGCAGCUUCUGCUCCUGCGCAGCCUGCGCGAGAACCCCGGAGUGCCAAAGAAGCUCGAGUCCCAAGAGAGGAGCGAUGCGUCGAGGAGGGAUGUCCAACAACAACAGCAGCAGCAGCAGCAACAGCAGCAGCAGCAACUGGUGCUACCGCCCUACGAUCCCUCCAGGUUGAAGAAGCACGGCAAGAACGGACAGCCGCCACCGAUCGCCGUGGCCAAAAGGAACGCGCGCGAGAGGAAUAGGGUGAAACAGGUAACUGACGGCUUCGCCACCCUCCGUCAACACAUUCCCAGCCACGUGGCACAAGGUUACGGCGACCGGGGCAAGAAGCUCUCGAAGGUUGAGACCCUACGCAUGGCCGUGGAGUACAUUAGGGGCCUGAAGAGGCUCCUCGCUGAGGCCGAUGGCCUCGAGUACGCGGACUCUUGUCGCAACCCCAACGACUCCUCCAUGAUGAUACCUUCGCCCGCGGGCAGUGUCUACUCCGGGAGCACGCACAACGGCUCGGGCGGCGACGUCCUUUGCCUCGGCAGCUCGGAGCUCGACGAGCCCGGCGAUACCACGAACAUCGACGAGCCCGAGCCCUACCUCAUGGACGACGACGAGGAUGACAGCGAGAAGGAGAGGCGGGAGGCCAAACGCUUCCGGGAUGACGGCGUAGCCCAGAACAGACUUUCGGAGAAUCAAAAUCGAGAUCGCACACUAUUGAGUUCAGCGCCACGUCGUCGACGCAACUCCCCGACGACGUAUUACACCUCCCGUCAAUCCUCCUUCGGCGACGAAGAAAACAUCGAGCCCCUAAACAACAACAACGCCAAUAACCACAAUAUUAGCAGCUGUAGCAACAGCAAUAGCAGUAUAAUUAUCAACAACAACAACAACAACAACAACAACAACAACAACAUUAUGAGUGGCUUUUCGCCAAUCCUCGUACAUUCGACCUCGCCUAUUACGAGCAGCAGUUUGGCCACGAUUAAGCGCGAGAUCUGUAUGCUGGACGAGGACGAGAGUCGCCGCUCGAACGAAGAGGACAGCGCGCCCCUCCUUACCGUCCCUACACCCUACACAGGUGAGAUCCUGAUCGAGAAUCCGGAGACCGGGCGCCUCGUCCCGCUGAAGCUCGAGGGUGACGAAGAGGCUGCGGCGGCCGGUGCCCAGCUGGUUUACGUCGCUGCGAGUGCCGACGGCCUCCCGGGUACCACCUACUACAAGCACGAGCUCGCCGCUGACAGCGGCACCGAGUUCCUGGACGUGGUCAGCUGGUGGGAGCAGGAGCACGGCCGAAUAAGCCAUCAGCUCCAGGCCCAUCAUCACCAUCAUCAUCAUCAUCAUCAUCACGUCGGGCAGCAUCAGCAGGCGCAUCAGCAGACACACCACCAACAACUCACGGCCCAGCAGAGGCUCGCGCACGUCUGACGACCCUCUCCCGGGCUGCGCUCGCGAGUUCGAGUACGAUCAACAACUGGCCAACAAGAAAUUCAAUGGUGUCGUCUGUUAUCCUCCGAUAUGCCACAAGAUAAGAUGUUGACAAAAUGUUUUUCUCCUGCGUCGAGCCGAGCAAAUGGAAUUACGGCCAAAGUGUCGGCGACGAGGGCCGAAGGGUUGAAACUGGUGGGAAAGUACAAGAGAACGAGGAUCAAGGGACCAAAGGAACGGGCGAGUGAGCGAAUCAAGUGGUUGUGUAUUUCUGCAUUUAUUAUAUAGUUCGUUUUAUGCGUGGGAUAUAUUCGUUGUCUUUCUCGGACGCCGUGAUGCACGCGAUCUCUGUCGUCAACGAGAAGGAACAAGAGAAAGGGUACAAUAACAAUACCAAGUGAUGUUGUAACGGUUAAUAUUGUGUAUAUGCGGACACGAGUUAUACUUAACGAGGACAAAAUUUAUUUGUAUAAACGUAAACAUUAUUUGUAUGUGCCUUAAACAGUCAUCAAAAAAUCCCUAGUGUUUAUUAAAUUAUUACUUACUAUUAGCAUGAUGUAUAUUUAUCAUUAUGUAGCAUUAGGAUCA